AUGCGCGUCGCAACAUCGUUGCCUUUCAUCGUCUUGUCCACGGCGUCAGUGGGCAAUGCACUUUCUCUACAUCGACGCGAUGCUCCGCGCGUGUUAGAAGCGCCGCUGGAACGCAGACAUCUAGAUAAGCCUCUAGUCAAGCGAGACCCGUCGUCCCUCGGCGUGUCGAUUGGAAACAACGUAUGGGUAGACCCUUCGUUAAGACUCUUGAAAGACCUCGAACCUGACAAGCUACAGCGAGAACUAAGUUACCUAAUGAACUUGACUUUGGGCACCCCCGCACAGACAUUCACCCUCGUUCUAGAUACAGGUAGUAGUGAUACAUGGGUUGUUUCUGCCAACUCUUCCGUGCAGACAGACGACGCCUACAACGCAACGGCCUCAUCUACCUACAAAUCGCUUCAUUCCUCAUACAAUGCAACAUACGCAGGCGGCACUACUGCGCUGGGCACUUAUGCAACGGACACCUUGGGCUUGGGAAGUGCAACUGUAAAGGACUUUCAGUUUGUUGUUGUUGACGAGAGCAGUGCUAAUGUCGGCAUUGCUGGCGUUGGGUACAACAUCUCAACUUACACUGCCUCGCACGAGGGCAAAGUUUAUAGCAACUUGCCCUAUGCUUUGACCUCGAGCGGCAUCACCGCAUCCACGGCGUACAGCCUGUUCCUCAAUUCCGCGUCAGCAAGCACAGGAACUAUUUUAUUCGGUGGUGUGAACAAGGCCAAAUACUCAGGAGAACUGCAGACUUUGCCCAUCGUGCCCGAGUACAACGAGUACCCUUCUUUGGCCAUUGCACUGACCGAAAUCACUAUCAACAACGGAUCUUCAACCAACCCAACAACAACAAACCUGCCGCUCUCCGUCUCGCUAGAUUCGGGAACAACUGACACUCUACUGCCCGAAGCCCUCGCAUACGAGAUUUACACCGCCCUAAACGCGACGUACGUCAAGGAAGUUAACUAUGCGUACGUCGACUGCGACCAGGCCACCAACACAGACGCAAACGUGACAUAUAGCUUCUCAGGUGCAACUAUUACGGUUAGUAUGAGCGAACUCGUCCUUGACGGCACUGAAAAGGGAUUUCCAGAGGGCACUUGCGUGUUCGGCAUUGCGCCUAGUAAGCCAGGUGUGAACAUUCUUGGUGACAAUUUCCUGCGUAGUGCGUAUGUUGUUUAUGAUCUUGACAAUAACGAAAUCUCGCUGGCAAGUGCCAAAUAUGAUUCUACUAAAGAUGACAUCCUGGAAAUUGGCACUGGCGCUGAUGCCGUGCCCGGUGCGAGUGUAGUACCAUCGGCGGUGUCGUCGGCGACGGGCAAUGGAGUGCAAGGCACCGUGACCAGUGAGGUGGCGAGCGUGACAGCUGUUACGAUUACUACGACUGAAAUCUCUACCACUACUGCUGCUACCGGUACUACUUCUGCGUCCGUUACUGGGGCCACUUCGACUACCAGCUCUUCGUCUUCUGGCAUGGCAGCGUUGCCCACGGGAAAUGCGAAACACCUUCUUUCGGGAUUGGCAGGUGCUGGCUUGUUGCUUAUGAUAUAA